UGAACAAUCCGGAACUGUUGCGACAGACGAUGGAAAUGGUUCGCAACCCAUCGAUGUUACAGGAGUUGAUGCGAACUCAAGACCGAGCGCUCAGUAAUCUGGAGAGCAUUCCCGGCGGUUAUAACGCUUUGCGACGGAUGUAUACCGAACUCCAGGAGCCGAUGCUGAACGCAGCGCAGGAACAGUUCGGAAGCAAUCCAUUCGCAGCCCUUUCCACCAACAAUGCCAACCCUAAUGACGCGAACGCUGCCGACCCUCAGAGAAUUGAGAACAGGGAUCCUCUGCCCAACCCAUGGGCCCCGCGAUCGGCCCAAUCACCCACUUCUACGACUACCGGUGAGACGCCCACCACCACCACUACUACACCACAAAACCCGUCCGGCAUGAUGUCGUCGCCCGGAAUGCAGAGUCUGAUGCAGCAGAUGAUGGAUAACCCACAGCUCAUGCAGAAUACUAUGAACGCCCCUUACAUGCAGUCCAUGCUUCAGACCAUAUCGUCUAAUCCA